AACAUGGUCACAGCCGAGAAGGCAAGAAAGAGAUGGGCUCCGUUACGCAACAAGCUCCAAGCCAAAUUAAUGGUGAUGAUGGAGGAGGUUAGCAAGCUUGAGGAGUUGAUGUUCGAGUCGGCAACCAUGGAGUUUGGUCAAAAGAGGAACCUCAUCUCUUACAUGACCACUUGGUUGGUGUGAGAGCGGGUAUGUCCUUCGACGAUGAGUCGCUGUGUGGAUAGAAGUGGCGACUAUCUUGGGGUGUGUGUGGUGAGAGAGGGAUGGCAACGAUAAGGACGAGAACUCUGGAAGGCGAUGUAACUAUGGAGACGCCCCUCAACUAAUGUGCCACGGUGACGCGAUGCAUUGUCAUGAUGCCAGACCAUAA